UUUCCUCCAUUCUCCCGCAUGCUCCUUUUCAUUUUUCCUCGCGCCGUCUCCCUUGUCUCUCUCCUUUCGCGCGCGCCCCGCCCCCCUUUUCCCCAGCUUCCUUCUGCAGGGAACAACUCCAGAAGACGCUCGCGGCGCCACCUGCCCUAAUCGCUUCUCUGCCGGUCCUCAGUUUCACAGAAAAAAGGUGGACGCUGUCCAAUCCCGUGUCUGUCUGAAAGAAGAGAAUGGCGGGCUGCGAAAACUAUGCCCGCCGUCAUUCUCUUCUCUCUCCCUCCUGUCCGCUGUAGAAACGCGCGACGAAUCCCUCGCUGUCUCCCUUGAGGAACCUCCGCUCUCUGUUUCUUGGUCGACCGAGUCGCCCUCGAGGAACUCUUCUCCAAAGCAACUGGGAAGGCUGGGGAGCUCGGAACCAAAGGAAGCACCGUCGCCGGUGCGUCUCCUCCUGCGCGGAAAAGCUCUUCUCUUCGUCUUGCUCUCCCGUGGGUUGCCUCCACGCUCCGUGUCUGCAGCCUUCACUACAAGUUCCCUUCCUCGUCGCAUAUUCCUGGAGAUCUGCUUCUUCGUCGUGGGGUAAACUGCCUUCUGUCCGUCGCAUGUUGCUUCCUUUUUCCGGUUGUCUUCCUUAGUUCCUCAACAGGAGAGCCUGUGUCUCUUCCACGUCGUCUCCUCCGGUUCGCUGCAUAGCUUUUCUCCCUGCGUUCCAUCGUUCCCAGUUGAAAUUCGUCAGUGUCUGCCGCAUGUCACUUUGCUCCUUCACUCCUCUUGCGCUCCUUCCCUCCCCCUGCCGGUCUCCACUCACAGUGCGUUGGCAGACGAGAAGAGAUAGAGGAAAACUCGUUUUUUGCUCCUCUGCAAACCACUCGUUCUUCUUAUCAGGCGCAUGCACAUCUUUGUUCUCUUCUAGUCAUCUGUUUGCGGUUUUCGUAGCCCCAGGGGUCCCCUGCCACCGCUCUGCCCUUUAAGCGCUCGGUUUCUGAUAUCCUCUUUUCUUUCUCUAUUACCCUUUCUCCGCUUCUUCCUUUUCUACUCCCAUUUCUUCGCUGCGUUUCCUUCCUUCUUUUCUCUUUCGUCUGCUGCUGCGCCGUUGUCGUUUCUCGAGUGUUUGAGGCCAUGGCGGCGCCGGUGGGCGACCUGCGGGGUUCGCUGCUGCAUCCGUCCGCAGGCGGAGACAGUUCGUUUUCUUCCCUUUCUUCGGAUGUGACUCACUGGCAACCUAACGCAGAGCACACGGCCGAAAUCGUGGCACUGUUUGAAAAGGCAGGAUCGACGGACAAUGCGGUCCAGCAGCAACUCGCGCAGGCGUUUCAGACGCUGAACGCGAUGGUGGAUGCGCCCUGCUACUUGACAGAAAUCCUUUCGUCUGCGCAGUUUUCCUCGGACGUUCGGCAGCUGGCGGGCCUCACACUGAAGAGCAACCUACAGCAGAAGCAGCCGCAUGCACUGCCGGCCUUCGUGUCUCUGUACAUUCGCCCACGGCUUCUCGCGGCGAUCGAGGAGAACGAGAAGACUGUGCGCUCGGCCGCCGGCUCCGCGAUCACCUGUCUCCUCUCGCUCGAGGGCGUCGGCGCUUGGCCCGAGGCGCUGCAGCGACUCUUCCAGCUCCUAGACGACGCCCGCGAGGACGUCGUCGAUGGCGCCUUCUCUGCGCUCUCCAAGAUCGUCGAAGACGCGUUCCCCGAGCUCCUCUUCCUCUCGUCGCAGGCGCGAGGUGAUGCCGCCGCUCCCGGCGCCAGCGACGCCCAGGGCGAGGCGGCACUAGCCGGUGCUGAAUGCGCGACCGCUGGCUUCAACGGCGGACUCAGAGACACCCAGGAGGCGCGCCCUGGCCGGGAAGGCGCGCGCGGUGCCGAUGAGGAGAUCCUCGCCCAGUUCUGCAACAGUCACUUGCUCCCCAAGCUGUUUGCGCUUGCCCUGCCUCCCCACAAGCCGUCGGUCCGAAAGCAUGCUGUCGCAUGUCUUGGCCACUUUGCGCAAAAUCGCGCGUUCGCCCCCCAGGAACUCUUCGAGGCCUUUUUCCCUCAGUACUGGCAGCUGUUGGGUCAGCUGGCCCAGGAGUCCGACGCUGAAAUGACGCGCUUCGUCGUCCAGGGCAUGGUGCAGGUGGUUGAAGUUCGUCCGGACGUCGUAUUUAACGUGACGAGUGGGGAGGCCGUUCUCUCCUUCGUCGUCCGGUGUUGCGGCCAUGAGGACUACCGCGUUCGCUUAGACGCCGUCGAGUUCUGGCCUGUGCUGCUGCGGGAUACCGGGUACCACCAGCCUCUGCACGACUACCGAGAUCAUGCGCUGGAGCUGCUCCGACAUCACCUGCCGACGCUGUUGCCGCUGCUCGUGAAGAACACCACGUACCACGAGUACGACUAUCUCUGCAUGGAUCCUUCGCAGCUGGAAGACGACAACGCAGAGGUAGCGGACGAGGCUCGAGACAUCAAGCCGCGGUUCCACAGACAGUCGGGGCCGGAGGGCGCGAGCGAAGAAGAGGAGGAAGAAGACUCCCGCGGAACUUGGGGAGACGGCUGGUCGGUUCGGAAGGGCAGCGCACUGGCCCUGGACCAUAUCGCGUCUGUGUACCGCGAGGCGGUGUUGCCCGAGGUACUCCCGCUGAUCGAGGCGAGUCUCGUCGACGCGAACUGGGAACGGAGAGAGGCCGCCGUGCUCGCUCUCGGUGCGCUGGCGCAGGGCUGCCAAGACAGUUUGGAGCCGUACCUGCCGAACGUCCUGCAGUUUCUCUUGAACCUCUGCGACGACCCCAAGCCGCUUCUGAGAAGCAUCUCGUGUUGGUGCGUGAGUCGCUACGCCGCGUGGAUCUGCAGACAUGAAGAGCAGUUUCUGAAGCCAGUGCUGGUGCAGAUCUUGAAGCAUGUACUCGAUCGAAACAAGCGCGUUCAGGAGGCUGCCUGCUCCGCCUUCGCGACGAUCGAAGAAGAGGCCUCGCUGCACCUUGUGCCCUACUUGCCCGACAUCCUCUCGACGCUCAAGCAGGCCUUCUGCUUCUACCAGACGAAGAACCUCCUCAUUCUCUACGACGCGGUCGGCACUCUCGCCGACUCCGUCGGAUCUGCUCUCGCCACCGAGGCUUACAGCCGAGAAAUCAUGGAACCGUUGUUUGGGAAGUUCCAAAAUAUCAACAACUUGCAAGAUCCCGGCCUCAUCGGACUCUUCGAAUGCGUCACCAACUGCGCAACCGCCCUCGGUGCAUAUUUUGUGCCGUACGCGCAAGCGGUGACCGAGCGAUGUGUGUGGAUUCUCAUGGAGUCUCUCACGCAAGUUGACAGAUUCGAAAAAGGCGAGCAGGCAGAGCGACCUUCCAGAGAUUUGAUUGAGUCGUGCCUCGACCUUCUGAGUGGCGUCACCGAGGCUCUCGGACCGGAGAUGUGCGAACUUCUUGCUCACCAAAAUUUGAAUUUCAUUCCCCUCCUUCUCCGCUGUUGCCAAGAUCCUGCUGCAGGCAUGCUGCAGUCGUCCUUCGCUCUCGUCGGUGAUCUCUCCAAGCACUGUGUCAAGUUUCUGCAGCCUCACCUCUCUGUCCUCAUGCCCACUUUGUCCGAGCAUCUCUUGCAUCACGCGACCAGCGUGCAGAACAACGCAGGCUGGGCGAUCGGCGAGCUCGCGCUUCGCGCAGAGCCUCAAUUCAUCGAACCGCAUGUGGACAGCAUUGCCUCCAAACUCAUCGGCAUCGUGAACUGUCCCGAGCUUCAUCGAUCGCUGCUUCAAAAUGUCUCCAUUUCUUUGGGUCGUCUCGGCAUCGUCUGCCCUGCCAAGCUCGCGCCUCACCUUGGGGACUUUCUGCAGCAGUGGUGCAUCAUCAUGAGGCACGCGAAGAAUGACGAGGAAAAGGCGAAUGGAUUCGACGGCGUUUGCUCGCUGAUCGAGCUCAAUCCGGAGGGAUGCAAGGAAUGUCUCUACGAGCUUGUCUUCUGCAUGCUCGCCUUCCAGCCAUGCCCCGAGAAACUCAACCAGAAAUUCGCGCUCGUCCUUCAAGCGUUGAGUCAAACGUACCCAGAUCGCUGGCAAGCGUUGCAUGACACGACGCAGACUGCAUGCCCGUUUCUUCCUCCACCAAUGCAACAAGCUGUUCAACUGCGGUUCUUCUCUGCUGGCGCACAGCCUGCGGGAAGCCUGCCAAACAUGAGCACGCAUUCGUGAUGUCUUCACCGCGCAUGCAGACUGCAUGCAGAGCCGGAGGCAGGGCGGCGUCUGCGUCUGUCGCGGUGUCGCGCUUUGCUGUCUCCGCGCGCGUAUGCCUCCAAAGGUUUGUGGCUCGGAAACGACCUGGGCGGACGGGACCGUUUCCUGCAGUCGUCGGUUUGUUGCAGAGGCUUGCAUGCAGGCAUGCAGAGACAGGGCAGGUCCCCCGUGGCGCGCUCGCACAGCAUUAUUGUGUAUGACUCGCGGACAAGCAUCUCAAGCAGCAUUCUUCUGCUGCUGGGCGUCAAGCAUGAAGGAUUGACGUCGCACACUCGCGACAGGCAGAACGUUUCUUCGGAGAUGAGAGGGGAGAAAAAAAAGUUCGUUCCGGUUCAACAGCCCUGUCGGUUGCCUCGGCCGUGUGACGCGUGCACUUGGGUCGGGGCCUGCUGGAUUUCCUUUUGCAUGCACAGAACUUUUCGAGUUAGCUUCCUCAGAGUUGUGCGUUUCUUCCGCGAGUCUUCGUCGUCCUUUGUUGAUUUGCAUGCGUCUCGCGUCCACACUCUUGCUGCAGACACCUCGUUGUUUCGCCGCUUUCCUCGCUCUCCGUUUCAGUGCUUCUUUCCACGCCUUCCCGGCUUCUCAGCCGCGGAGAGGGAGAAGCGCCAAUGGCGUUUGUGCUCGGUGUCGACUGUUCGGUUCUCUGCAUGCACAUGCAUAUAUAUAAAUAGCGUAGAAAAACGUGCACCCAUAGGGAGGUGGAAGUUCGACGCAGACGCGACGAUUUUCUUGCCGUUGUCUCCGAUUUUUUCCGUCCGUUUGUUUUUGUCUCCUCGCGCAAACGCGCGCAGCGGAGAAGAGAUCUCUCCGCUGUCUCGCGUUCAGUGUCGCCUCACAACUUAUGUCACGCUUCUCUUUCUCUUUCUCUUUGCUCCUUGGCGACCUCUUCUAGUUCCUUGCCGUUGCGCGCGUUCGUCGUCCUGAGCUCCGCCGCUGUGCAGGCAGCCCAGCCGUCCGGUGGGAGUCUCUGAGACGCUUCGUUUCGACCUUCCGCGGACACUGAGACAGAACACAGGCGUAGGAGCGGGGAAGGAGAGCGACCCGUCGUUUUCCAAAGAGCACAGACCCGCGGUGUCUUUCACCUGGCUGUCUCCGGCGUUGUGUUCUGCGCUCCUCUCUUGUCUCCAAGUGACUCCGAGCGUCUCUCUUGGCUGCUUCUCGGCUUUGCAGCGCGCGCGCAAGCUCCGCGGCUGAACAGGAUACUGCGAAGUCCACGCUGUGAGCUUCGUAGUUCGAGGCUCAGGGAGGGGGGAGGUUGCGCAUGGACGGGAGCGCAUGCAUGGCUCUUCCUCGCAAAACUGCACACUCACCUGUUAUACAGAGAGACGCGUUGAUUUCGAGUUGUCCUCGUUGGCGAGGCGCAGAGCUCGCGAAAGCGGAUUCUCCUUGCAUUUGUGAAUGUGCAUUGUCGAAGAUCGUAGAUUUGCGAGUAGGUGAUCUCUUGUAGUUGAGGGCAGAUUUCACUUCAUUCUGUAGCAGCAGCGUAUGGUGUGUGUGUGUGUCUCGACACACAGAAAAGCGUCCGCUUGUUCUUUUCAUGGUCUCGGUUUUCGACCCAGUGCAUGCAGUUCAGGCGUUUGUUAGGGAGUCCUCCAUGUAGCCGAAAAGGAAACCACAGCACGAAGCCACAGAUCCAUGUCUAUGCUGUACAUGUUGUUGAAGACUUGUGCAAGCAUGAGGAGCUGUAUUUUAUGUGUAUGCUUAUGUAGAGACACAUGCAUUGUACACACAGUUUCGCGUCCCGAGCAAUACGAAAUGCCAGCACAGCAGUUUUUUCGCUUUCUCUUGUCUCGGGUCUCGCGACUUCCAAACGAAUCCAAAUUGCCUCGCUUCGCCGGCGACUUUCUGCGGCGCUUCAAGACCUGCCGUCUGCGCCGAGUUUGCCUUAUCCGCUGUAGUUCGUUUUCUUCUCAAUCGUUUCAGCCGUUCUCAGCUGGGUUGAUGUACUUGCUUCACCUUUUUGGAGAUUUCGCCAAGGUCUUCCUAGUCAGUUUAGUCAAUCCCGUCUCUGUCGACUCGGUUCCUGCACACAAUUUCGUGAAGACAGAUCUAUCAGGGAAGUUGGUCGAACUAAGGAUCAUCCAAUCCACCCGUCGGGAGCUUCAGGAUUUAGAACUGCCAGGCGAGUACUGAAUGGAGGAUUCUCUCUCGAUGUCUAGUUACGCGUUUUCGUCCCCGUCGUCUCAACCGUUUGCAUCAUAGCGCCUUUUUCCCCGCUUUCUGACGCUCCGUUGAUUCAUCCCUUCUUAGUUGAUUUAAAAGACACGCCGCCUGCGGGUGCCCAGAAGUCUGCUUUUUCCCUGCGGGGGGAGAAAGCGCAAAGAAGCCAUGCGGAAUGUGUGCAUGCACUUUUACACCCAACAUCUCACGACACGAGCUGACGAGCGUGCUCUGCCGUUGAGCUACUAGCCUUUUUUUUAUUUACUAGCGCCUGGCUGGCUUGAAUGAACUGGAGGAAAC